AUGAGUCAUUCAUAUGGUCUUGUGAGUAGAUUUCAGAGUAAACCUGAGACGGCUUAUUGGCAAGCUGUAAAAAUGCGGAAUCAAUUUGAGUUUUACUCUCAAAGGUUGAGCCUUCUUGUAUUGGGCUACAAUUUUUUUGUAACUGUUGUAGCUGAACCAAUGCGAGUUUUACGGAUAAGUGGACUUCAAAUUGCUGGUGAUGCAUUCCCAGGACAGGAGAUUCAAGCAUGUGGAUUCUCCAUUAAUGUCACAACAGUUUGUAUUUUCCAAUGGGUACGCCAUUUCCAAGAUGGUACAAUGGAAUACAUUACUGAUCAACCUAUAUAUCUGGUCACAGCUGAUGAUGUUGACGCACAUCUUGCUAUUCAAUGUGCUCCAAUGGAUGACAAGAAAAGAAAGAUGGUUAAGAAGCUGCAAAAAGAAGGAUCAUUGAAACUUGCCACCCUUUUGGAUUGUUAUCUCGAACGCCUUAUCGGAAUUCUCAAUCACGAGAAGAAGUGGGUGGAGGAGUGCACUUCUCAUGUAUUUUCUUUGAAAGUGCCACACUCAUAAUUGCUACUCUUCUUCAGGUUCCAAUUUUGAUUCAUCCAGCCUAAGCACAUUAUUUUUGGCUAAGACCUCCUAUUCCUUGCUCAGGUGACCAAAGAGACCUUUUUGGAGUGCAUUAUGCAAUUGCCAAAGCCCUUAAUACCAAAAAUUUAACAAUGACUUA